AUGCCGUCCAAUAAGCCAGACUUUGUUGCUCCCAGGGUCGUGGCUGUGCGUGAAGAUGAAGAACGACUGCCCAAAGACACUUCUCCGCAGUUCGAACUCCGCGUCCGAUGCUCGCGGCAAAAAUUGGUCCUCUUCAGCCUCGUUGCCUCCUUUGCCCACGGCGCGUCGGCCAAAACCACGGUCUACCUGCAAAUUACCGCCGACUCUCUCGACUCGUUGGAUCGAACGGAUUAUAACGAGGCCGAUGUCAAUACCGCGAACCCCCCUUGCCCAGAAAAUAUCCAUCAGCAACUGGGCAUGCGCUCCGUCACCCGCCUUCAGUUCCGGCUGCGCAGUGGCGAGGCUAUCCAGCUUGUUGUACCAUCGGAUUUCACUCCAGAACAGAUCCCUGACGACAUGGCCCAGUCCGCGUUCGAGUUCGCGGAAUCGCUUGCGGCCGCCUCGCGGUUCUCACUAUACUUUCAGCACAACAUCUUGAAGAAGGAGAGCUUCUUCAAGUACAAAGCAGCCAUUCCGCCGUCCACGUCUCUGACGGACGACCUGAGGAAGUCGUACAGGGGCAUGCGAGAUGUGAGGAGGCUCUACAAUGGUGUCGGCGGCAAGGUACACGCACCGCGUGGCGUUUGUCAUGCUUCUCCACCCGCGAGGGAACGCUGCAGUUCUCCCGCUGCGGCCACUGCUUCUUCGUGCGGUAGCACCCUUCCCUUCGAGACUAUUCCGCGUCUCCAAGAAGAGUCGCCGCCGCCGUAUGACGAAUGUCUGAGUGGGAAGCAUUCGCCGGGGAUCAGGUCAGACAGCCCGCCCUCUCCUUCCAAAAGUCCCGGUAGCGACCAUGCCCCGCCGCGGUACGGCGACACCGAGCAGCGCUGCAAUGUGCUGGAUGCAUCCCAGGACGUCCUCCCCAGCGGAGGGAAAGAUGGCGCUACAUGCACGCCUACCAAAAGAAAACGUUCAUUUACCGCUGGAUGCUCGACAGCGACCACCACAAAAGGCGCCCCUCGGCUGGACAAAAUACAGCGAUCGCUUUUUGUGGAUGCGGUGGUGGAGAAGAGCGAUAUAGCCCAGAUACUUGAACUACAACGCGAACAAAUCGAGCUGCAACGCCAACAAAUCCAACAACUGCAAAAGAACGUCGAGGAAUUGCAGAGGUGGAAUAGGGAGCUCAAGAUGCGGCAGGAUGAGUUAGAAGAAGACUGUUCCAGGUUGGAAAAGCGUCUGGACCGGACUGACGACACCAUCGACAAUCUGUCGAUUGACGUAACCGAGCUGGAGGACAAAUGCGACGAGCUCGGAAAACAAAUGCCCGACGUGGGUGACGAGCUGAAGGAUUGGAAGGAAAACAUGGGAGACGCGUUCAAGGAAGACAUUUGCCAAUCCAUCGAGGAGAGCAUGGCGAAACAAAUAGCCGAGUGUGUCGAAGCUCAAGCCGAUGACAUGCGAAGGAGGGUUCGCGAAGCCCUGCGAUAG